CCUUCCAGCAGUGGUCGUGCUGCAGAAUUAUUAUCCCGCGAUGGUGUGACAAUGUUUGUUGGAUUCAGUGAUACAGGUAUAUCCCCAGAUGGCAGUUCUUUACAGUUUGUUCCUGCCAGUGCAGAGCAUCCUGACGCCUCAGUUCAUUCUGAUUUCCUUGUUGUGAUGAAGAAACUUAGCAAACGGGAUGCUGUUACAAAACUUAAG